ACAGUGAACAAUCAAAAUCAAAAUUCGGUUUUGUGUUAUCACCAUUAUUUUUAUCUUCUUAUAUCAAUAUGCAAAUGUUUAAGGUGUGUUUCUAUUUGGAGAAAUAAUACUUUACUCUAGAUGACAAUUUCUAAUCAUAUAUCAGGCAAUUUUCCAUUUUAUUCCUUUACUUCUUACAGGAGAAAAUCAGAAAACUGUAAAUUAGAGGUUAUGUAAUUCUGUUUUUAUUAAAUCCAAGAUUCUUUAUUAUUUUUAAUCGAAAUUCUCGUUUCUUGUAUCAAAUUUCAGAUUUAGUUCUUGGAAGUGUUCUUAAUUCACGUAAUAAUUUAUAGAGGAGCGGAAUUUCACUAUAUUUUAUUCAAAUGCAAUCUGACGAUGAUGAUUCAUCUCAAGCUUCCAGCAAGAAUUUGGCAUCUCUGUUCGAGAAAAACUCCAGCUAUGGUGGAAAUUCAAGUCUCAUGUAUAAACCUCCAAAACAGCCGAAAAGUAAGGUGGAAUCUGCACCCAGAAUUUCUCCACGGCCGCAAGCUAAAGCCAAAGAAACACUUGGCCUUAUAACGUUGAAAGUUCUACAAACAUACAAGUUCGUGAAGAAUGCGUAUGUCGACCAGGGGAAAGUGGGUGUGGCCAUUUCUGGGAGUCCGAGCACUCGCCUGUACCAGUUGACUCUCUAUAAGGAGAAGACAUCUCAUUUGGCGCAGGCUCACAUCAACUCACAGUUCUGGUUUGCUGUUCAACCAAAUAAAUAUGCUACUUUCAGAGACAGAAACAAUAUUUUGUGGUCUCUGCUGUUUGAUAGUUCAGCUAGUCUGGUUGAAUUCAGCACAGAGGUAGCACUAGCCAAGUGGGCUUGUACUGAGGGUGUGGAUACAAUGGUGUCGCAAGAUUUGUACAGCGCCACGUGCUCGGCUGAUGAACAAAAAGUUGGAGCCGAUAGUAGAGUGGAGGUUGCUCUACGAGUUUCAACCAUUUCACCAGCAUACAAGUUGGACAAGGAAAUUGAUACCAAAGAGAAAUGCAUUAUAAACAUCUCGAACAGCGACAGCUGGAGUGGGUCUUUGGUUGGUCUCGUCAAAGGAAAUAAAAAGUUGAUUAUUCUCCCUCCAAACCUACAGGGCAAAUGGAAAUCAUCUCUGCAGCAAAAUGAGAGCAUAGCUUUGGAAGUUGAGAUUCUGGCUGUAGAUCCUUCUCCUCCAUCCAUUCCAAAAGAGAUUUCAAAGCCCCUGCCAGAAACAAGUAUUACGCAAGUGUUAGAGGAGUCAUUGCCUAACCUCAGUGAUAUUAGUGGUAAUAGUGCGACUCAUAAAAAUCAAAGCCUCAUAUCGAGAAUGGCGAAAGUAGGACAGGCUUUGCCUUUCAAAGGGGCGCGAGUGCCUGAAGCAUCUGAUUCUGAGGAUGAUGUCAAGGCUCCCCCUCCUGUGGACCAAUCGGUUGAACAAAAUCGAAUCGAAAUUGAACCAAUUGAAGAACCGAAAACAAGUUCAGCUCCCGAACCAUCAGUUGCUGCUAUGAAACAAGAGAAUGCGCCAUUGCCAUCCAUACCAAGCCAGCAAGUAGUAGCUCCAGUAGCGUCUUCCACUGUUGCCACGUCUCAGCCACUUGCUCUCGACCCUCAAUUUGCGGUUUUCUUUUCCGAAUUGCGAACCAACAAUUCUGAGCUCAGAAUGGGAAUGAACCGUAUCACUGACAAAGUCGAACGAGUUAUCGAUAAGAUUGAAGUGAGCUCGUUGGACAGAGUUCUUGAUCAGCUUCGAAAUAUGGAGACUAAUAUGGUCUCCCAAUUCAACAUUGCUCAACAGAAGAACGCGGAGAUGAUUCAUAGCCUUAAAGAAAAUAAGUACAGGAACCCUGAAUCCCAGCAACAUAAUUCAGUUGAACAUCUAAUGCAAGAAAACAAAGAAUUACAAGAAGCUCUUGCACAGUCCUCAUCAAAAGUUCAAGAACUGCAGGAAAACAUCGCUGAUUUGAACAAAACCAAGUCAGACCUGAACGAGCAGUUGAUGAGGGAAAAACAGACCAGGGAAAUAAUGGAACAAGAACAUGCGUCUGCGAUACUGAAACUGCAAACUCAACUGAGUGAACAGGCAAAGACAUUGGCGCUGUGGAGCGAGGCACUGGACAAAGUGUCGCAGAGAGUGCCCGACCUGGAGCGGAAAGUGGAGCGAGAACGCAGGAAGGUGGAGAGCGAAAAGCAGAGAACGAUAAGAAGACUGAUGAAUGAUGUCUAUAAGAAAAUGUGUUCGCAAUUCCCAGACGAAAGUGCUCACUACACAGCGACGCUGAUACAUGACACUAUCAGGGAUACUAUUAAGGAAACUACAUUCCAGUAUUUGAGUACCCAGAAUAGACAGAAUAGAGAAGACGAAUGCAAAAAUGAAGUAGAAAGUAUUCCUUCCGUGUCGUCUACCAGUAAUAGUGUAGUGGAAAAAUAUGAUGAAGGUAAUAGAAAAGACAAUAAUGCAUCCUCCAUGGAACAAGGCUCUCCUAGUCAGAUUAAUCCCACCGAAAAAGAUGCAGCAGAAACCAAUGAGAGUAUUGCCAUUGGUAAGAAACAUGAUAUCGAACUAGAUAGGAAUAACGAAUAUAAAGAUGGUAUUGAUUCAGUGAAUGGUACAUCGUUAAAGGAUAAAGAUGUGCACGACAAUACCGACCUACCAUCUGAGAGUGAUCAGAUUAUUUCAAUUAAACAAAGAGAUAAUAAUAAUGAAACAAGAACUGAUCUAACUAGUCCAAGUGAAGAAGCAAUAAAAGUAACUGGAAAGUCAUCUGAGGAGAAUUGGUCUCCGAAACAUCCACCGCCUUUCAACAAUGAAGAUUCAGAAAGUGAUGAUGGAUGGCUAAAUUAAUGAUUAAAUGAACGCAGGGUAAUCUUGGCGAAACAAAGAAAUUCCAUGGAUCUCAUCUUGCUUUCAUAAGCACAGUCUUAUUAUAAUUUCUUUGGUUUAAAACUACGAUGUCUCAGUUGGUUUUUGUGACAGAAUCAACUUUAUGUAGGUACUGCAUCUAAAAAGUGAAUCAUAUAAAUUUUUAUUACAGUAGUUCUACUGUACUGUUACAAUUUCAUCAUAUUUUUAUAUAUUAGUUAUAAGUUAGCAUGAUCGAAGAUUACGUUAACCGUAAAUUAAAGCUUAGUGAAUUCUGAUUACAUAAUAAUACUUUGGUUCAACUUCACAUCUCCACCAAUCCUCUAUAUGCUGCUAAGUAAUAUGAAAUGCAUUAUUCAGUAUUAAAGUUAUUAUCAUAAUUAUCGCAUAUCAGUUGUGUUAUUGGAAAAAGUCAUAUUCCUUUGUUGCUUGAAUUUUUAUAAAUAUUCUAUUCUUAUAUCAACAUGAUGAAAGUAUCUUGCUUAUUACGAAAUUGUUAUAUUAUAAUGAGUUAAUACCUUAACAUUCCAGUUGUUAAUACCUUCAGGAAAAUUAUGUAUUAUUCAAUUCUCCGAUUCUCAUCAUUACAUUAUUUAUGUUGAUUUUAUUUUUUUUGUACUUGUCAUUUCAAUUUGGAAAAACAUUCCUUGUUUGGCUAUAAUAUUUUAAUUUAUCUUUUCUCCUUCUUAUAUGCCGGUAUAGCUUCUAUAUUUUUCUUAUACUCAUAUAUCUGUUUCUUCAUCCCAAACUCUAUGAUUGUAGUACAUUUCUGAACAAAGAAAAUACUGUAAAAUACUCUUUUGUAAGCGUUUUCAUAUUUGCAGUAUUUUGUUCCUCGAUACUCAAUCAUUCAAAAUUUACUCACAGUAUUCGCCACUGCUACGUAUUUACAAUACAGAUUUGUUGUACGGUAAUGUUGCUUCUAUUAUCCGUCACAGUUUCGGGCCCGAAGGUAGAGUUUAAUGAUCUUCUACUAUAUUUUUAUCGAUCAAAUAAUAUCACAUUCAUGUCGAUUAUAUAAUAUUGCCAACAGUGAUUUUAUAUUUGUACUGCUGACUAAAUAAUGUAAUAUUUACCUUUUAAUAAAUAUUUUAAUUUAUCUAUUUA